UUUUUUUAUUAUGCGUACAAAAGCCAACGAGAGAGGAGUGUGCUGUGUGUUGUGCGCUAGAAGCUCGUACGGAAGUUUCGGCUUUUGAAAGAAAAAGUUGUGUAGUAAAAAUGCUGCUCUGAAACCCUUUGCAUCGGCCUUGUGUGUGUGUGAGUAAUAAACAGGCUGCACCGCCGGUCAACAUUUUGGAAUCAUUGAUACGCCACGAAACUACCCACUACCCCCGUCUUCGAGUGCUUUGUAUAGCCCAGAGUUUUCCGUCAGAGUGCCAUUGAAAGUGGUGGUGUAAAUCGUGGUCACAUCGUUCGUUUCCUAGGAGAUAUUCUAAACACAAUGUGUUUACUAUAACGUGUGCCGUGACGUGUUCCCGCUCUGUCUGUGAUAUCGCGGUGUGUUGUUGGUUAAUGCUUGAAGGUCUGAGGCCUCACUAACAAGCUGUUACGAUUAUAUUGUUCCGUGUCGUGUGCGAAAAUGUGUGUAUAAAGUGCGUUCGUCGAUGUGUCCGGGACCAUUGCCAUUCAUGCUCGUGUAACAUUGUGUGUGAUGGAUGUGUAAAGCGAGGUAGCGAAACUGUUUUUAAUUUCAUCAAAAUGGAUCACCACCAGCAUGAGUCAUCGUCCGUCGUUGUGGCUCUGAAGCAGACCAGCUAAGUCUCUGCAAAUCACACAAGUUACAUCUCCAGCGUGGAGACGCUGCCUGCUGUGCUUGCGAAUGUGCUGAGCAGCACGGUAUCACCAUCGUUCCUGAUUUUGUGUAAAUUAACGUAAUUUCUAAGUGUUGAAAAUAGUUUUAAAAGUUUUUAAUUCUAAGUAAGUUUUGUUUUAAUAUCCUCAACACUAAGUGCGUCACCGUGUUGUCACGCGAGAUAUCAUCUAUUUCAAGUGUACUACAAAGAGAAGCUUGUUGCUGUUUGAAUCGGCUCUGUCUGCAGCUUUGUGGUGUGCACUUUAACAACCUUCACACGUGGUUGAUAAUGAGUUCACUGAAUACUACGAGUACGGUUAACGUUUCGCCGCCGGUUUCGGUAGUGCACCUCAACGAUUUACUACCCCGCCUGAACAAGCCCGACGAUGAGCAGGUAGGCGGCGCGGUCGGCUAUGCACCGGUUAUUGGCAAUGUGGUGCCUGAUGGUACCGCAAUGGUUGCCGCCGGCACUACAGUACCAAGUUCGUCUCCCGAGGUAGUCCAGGCAGCGCCAGACACUGGUUCAACUGCCGCGAUGGAUAGCAGUAGCACAUCCUUUAUCGCCAACUCUAACCUGGCCAUAUUGAACCGUAUGCUUUCCGCUCAUAUGGGGUCCGGUGGAAAUGGUAUCGAACUGGGACGGAAUGGCGGCAGCGGUGGUACCUCCAGCAGCAGUACAAGCACCAGCAACAAAAAGUGUCCCUAUCAUCGCCAAUGUUCGAGCCAUCAUCACCAUUUGCAUCGGCAUCAGCAGCACCAGGUCCUUGGAAGUUCGUCCGCAGGUGGACCGCUUCGAACCAGGUAUGACGGUGGCUCGGCGAGCAGCAGCAGCAACAACGGCGGUUCGCCAUCCGCUUCAUACCCGUUGCGGGAUGCCAUCUCGACGAACGUUACGCCGCCACCGUUAAAUGCUGUUAUUCUUGUCGACCGAUACCUGCUGAUGGAACCGGUCGAAGGAAAUAAUCUGUACCGGUGCUACGACAUCAAAUCGCACGUGGAGCUUGUGUGCAAGAUUGCAAAUAAUCCGUGUUCUAACCUGCUGACGGCGCACUUUCGUCUAGACGGACAUCGACACGUCAACUCGCUGCACAAAGUCAUACAAGGCAACAAUCAAACCUAUCUGCUGUACAGCCCUUCGGAGGGCGAUCUACAUUCGUACGUGCGAGUGCGAAAACGUCUACGCGAACCGGAAGCUCGGCGAUUGUGUCGGCAAAUGUGCGAAGUAGUAAAAAGUUGCCACGAGCAAGGCAUUGUCUUGCGUGAUCUCAAGUUGCGGAAGUUUGUAUUUGCGGACCGUGAAAGGACGCAAUUAAAACUGGAAUCACUGGAGGAUGCCGUCGUACUGGACGAUCCGGCCGAGGAUCUGCUGCAGGACAAACGGGGCUGUCCCGCCUACGUGUCGCCGGAAAUCCUGCGCGUCAAUACAACGUACUCGGGCAAGGCAGCCGACAUGUGGUCGCUAGGCGUAAUACUCUACACGAUGCUGGUCGGAAGGUACCCAUUUAAUGAUUCGGAACAUGCAUCACUGUUUGCAAAAAUUAGCCGCGGUCAGUUCACCGUACCGGAGUGCCUGUCGUCGAAGGCCCGAUGCAUGAUACGUGCACUGCUACGACGGGAUCCGGAAGAACGUAUCGCCUCGGAAGACGUACUUCACCAUCCAUGGUUGCUGCACGACGACAGUAAAGAUCAUGCCUAUGGGCUGCACGCCGCUAGCCGUGCCAGCACUAGUAGCGCUGCCCUAGACGAUCACUGCGUGCCGGAGUGGUAUGACCCGUCGGACGUUGGCGCUUCGUCAGCGUCAUCCUCGCGCAUGCAUUACUCCACCACUGGGGACGUUUUCGAUAACUAGGGGCGGCCAUGGAUGGAUGAAGGCGAGUGGCAGAGUGGCAGCGAGAUCAGUUCUUCCUAAAGCACAAUGUGUUGCUAACCAUUACCAAGCCUGGAUCAACUUCAAAGCAAAUGCUCCAGGAUUCACGGAUUGCGCUGUGAUUUGUUGAUUUGUAAGAGCGAUAGAGGAGGGGGAGCAAGCAGCAGGUGGUGUUGCUGUACGCCCGAUAACGGUGGCAAGGGGCGAGGAAACUGCUAGCAGCAACUAUUGGCAUGCGACUUAUGUGGUGGUGUGAAAAGGGAAAACGGUGUACAGGACAAACGAAAAACAAAACAUUAAUUAAUUCUAGCGCGUGAAUCGAACUGGUUGGUAAUCAGACAAUUGGCUGGACUAAACUUACUGUGUAAAAGUAGCUCCACCGCACUCGAUUCCCCUAGAUAGAAGAUGUUCGUACAAAUUACAGAUAGUAGUUAACCCUGGUCCUUUUUUGUACCAAUGCAUCGCUCGCGUGGGGCCAAUUAUUUAUGCCCAAAACCCGCAAUUGACGUUGCGUUUGGAUCCAACGUCCAUUAGUUUGUUAAUCCCGGCCCUUAAGCCCUUAAGGAAUGAAAUGGAGGUUUUUUACACUCUCUGUUGCGCGCGUACAACUUAAGGCGAUUGUUAAUUUAUUAAAAUCUUUACUUUGCCCUUCCGCUCAAAUGUAUCGCGCACUAGUGCAAUUGAGAUAUGAUGCAAACGAGACCUUUUUGCUGUGAACGCCGGUUGGGUUGUGUUAGCUUUUCAAUCGAUUUUUAUCUUCAUUUUAAACAUUUUUUUUACUGAACUAUUUGGCUCCCUUCGCCCGUGUACAGUUGUGCUAGAUAAUGAUUGCCAAUCGCCCAUUGCCGAUGGUAGCAAUGCACUGCAAUGCAUCAAGAGCCAUCGUUUGUUUUCUUUUUUCUUACCUUUUUUGCACUAGUUUUUAUCUUCAGUUAUCCUGGAGCGUGUUUUUUGUGCUCAUAAGUGUGCGUGUACAGCUGCGCAAUCUGUUACUGCGCAACAUUCACUCAACAACGCUUUGUUUUACACCGGUUAAGAUUAUUUUUACACAAAAAACACAAAAUGCCAACAAAGAGUGGGCGAAGAAAGUGAGAGAUAUAUUCUGUAGAUGUAUAACAACGCGUCGGAAGGAACGCUUAGCUAUUACGACGAACGAGAUUUUGCAAUUUAAACAAUACUACAAAGCUUCCAAACGAAGAGAAACCAUUUUUUAUGUCUGCCACCUUACAUACCUAUUAGUUAUGAAAUAUCUUCCCAACAACCGACGAGGUUAGUGUAGAGAGAUGUGUGAGGGUUAGCUGCCCAUACAUUCAAAUCCAUACAUUCAGAGCAAGGCGCUUUUUCUUAAAGUUCUUUUAAAUUUCGGUAAACCAAUCCGUUCCGCUUCUGUUCUGUUGGAAAGCGUUUCGUUUAAACUCCACCACUACAACAGUGAACAGAGCUGUGUAUAGUAAAACGUAAGGAAGCAAUACAGGAAUUCCGAAAAAUGCGCGAAGCAAACGUUGGAUGUGUUUAGUUUAGCAAUAAAUGAAAUUUGUUAAAAAUAA